AAUGUAGCAAUCUGAAUUUGAAUCAAAGUUCAAUGAAGAAAUUCAAUUCAGAGAUCUUAGGUAUCUAGAAAUUAAAGCUGAAAAGACUUAAUAAGAAAAAUAGCAUUUCAAUUUAUUUAGAAACAUAGAAAACAACCAAAUCAAGGCAGUUUAAGAUUUAGAAACGCUUUACGAGAAGAAAAUAUUAAUUGAGAAUGAGAAAUACCUUCAAUUGGAGCAAAUUUUAAUCGAGGAAAGGUAGAAAUUUCAAACAAACAUGAAGGAAUUAGAGUAUGAUUGUUAAAAAUAAAUUAAAGAGAUUAAACAGAUUUUUCUAUAGGAUUUAUAAUUUCUCUACGAUGCUAUAAUUUCAAAUAAAAAUGAGAGUUAGACAGAGAAAAAACUCAACGAUAAAAUUGAGUUGGAUGGGGAAUUAGAUAGUGGAUUUCUAGACAUUUAUACUUAAAAAUUAUAUUAAAGAAUCUACGAAUUAGAGAAAGAAAUCCAAUCAAAGGAUAAGUAACUAAUGAUAUAUAAAUCUGAUAAAUAUAAUUGCAAAGAAGUUGAUGUAGUUCAAUAACAAUUGGAACUAGAAAUAUUAAAAUAGAAGGAGUCUGAAAAAUUCAUUUAAGAAUUAUAAAAUUAAAAUAAAGAAUUAAUGGAGAAGAUCAAUUUGCAUGAACAAGAAUUAUCUCAUUGCAAUGAUCAAAUUAAAUAAUUUCAAAAGUAUAUAGGAGGAUUACAGAAAUCAAAAUUGGUACUAAGUUAUAAAACUUAUGAAAUGUAAACUGAAAUGGAACCUAAGGAUAAGAAGAUUAGAGAAUUGUUAGAAAGUAUACCAAAAUUAGAAGACGAAAUAAAUGAAUUGUCAAACAAAUUAAAGUAAUAUGAAGAAAAAGAUAAGAAAACUAGUAAUCAAAUCAAAGUUAUGAACGAAGACAUUGAUAAAUUAAAAUAAAAUUGUAAGAAAUAUUAAGACUUAUCAAAAUAAAUAACUAUGGAUAUAUAUAAUUGCUAUCAUGAGAAGAAAGAAAAAGUAAUCUUCUCUAUUAAAUUUAGGAAUGGGUAGAUUUUAUUAAGUAAAUGUACCAAAAAUACCUGAGUAAAAAUGAUAAGUAUGACGUUAGAAAUCCAGAAAAUGUCACUGAAUAAGACAAAAAGGCAGAAAUAUCCAUCAAACUAUUUACUAAGGAUAUCACUUCCAUGAUUCACGAAUUUAGAGAAUCUGUAAUCUAUUCCAAUUUAAUUAGGAUUGGCCCCAACAAUUAAAACAAUUGUAUUAAAAACAUUUCACCGGUGAAAUCACUAAUGAAUUAUGCAGACAGAAUCAAUUUUUAGUCAAAUCCUCUUAAGAGAAUGAUAAAAAAUUUAAGAAAUUAUUAUUGUGGAGAGAUUAAGAAAUCUAUCUAAAAACUCAGGAAAACACACAUCUUUUAACUCAUUUAAAUUAGGUGCUUGAGAGGAAAAAGAGUUUGGAAGCUAAAUUAGCUAAGUAGAUAUCAUAAUAUGAAUCCUUACUUAAGACACAAACUAGAGCCAAUUCUUUGAAAUAAUAUGAACAAAAGCGUAAGAGUCAUCAAUAUGAAGUAAUAUAUUGAGCAUAUAAGGGAAAGAAUAGUGCAAUUUUGUAAGAUGAAUCCAAUUGGCAACAUUUAAACCAAUCAGUUGAUUUGGUAAAUGGGUAAAUCACAAAUAAAUUCCCAAAAAAAGGUAAGUUAAUAAGGGGUUAAAAUUAUAACAAAUAAAACUUAUCUCGGUUUGAAUAACAACGCCAAUCAGAUUUAGUCACUUAAAUAGAAAUCUUGUAAACUAAAAAUCAAUGCUUAGAGCAAUAGAUCAAAACUUUAAGGACCAAACUGAUUGAAGCUGGCCUUGAUGAAGAAAUAACACAAACUAACACCUAAAGACCUUACAGCUAGAAAGUAAAAAGAAUGUGAUCA